AUGGAAGAAAAUAUUCAUCAGUGUAAUAAAUCUGAGAAAGCUUUUACAUGUGCCAAUUAUCAUUACAGGUACAAAAAAUGUCAUAGAGGAGAGAAACCCUCCAAAUAUACUCAUUGUGCAAAACCAUCUUCAUAUCAUAGUCAUCUUCAGAAGAAUGAAAGUAUUCAUAAUGGAGAGAAACCCUAUAUUUGUAUUCAGUAUGGUGAAGGCUUUGCACACAACACUAGUCUCAGAAUACGUAAAGGAAAACAUAUUGGAAAGAAAACCAAUGAAAGUAAUCAGUGCAAUAAUGCCUUCACCAGUGAUGGUCAUCUUAGAAUACAUAAAAGAACACAUACUGGAGAGAAACCAUAUAAAUGUAAUCAAUGUGGUGAAGUGAGUACAUGUCUCAUUAGUCUUCAAAGACAUAAAGGAACACAUAAUGGAGAGAAACCCUAUGAAUAUAAUAGAUGUUGUAAAGCCUUUGAAUAUGCCAAUAAUCUGCAAGUACAAGAGAGAACGCAUAAGAGAGAGAAGGCCUACAAGUGUGAUCAAUGUGAUAAAGACUUUUCAAUACAGAUUACACUUCAAAUACAUAAAAGAAUACAUGCUGGGGAGAAACCCUACAAAUGUAAUCAAUGUGGUAAAGCCUUUUUACUAUGUACUCUUCUCCAAAGGCAUGAAAGAACACAUACUGUAGAGAAACCCUACAAAUGCAAUCAAUGUGAUAAAGCCUUUUCACGUGUCUGCCAUCUCCAAAGACAUAAAAGAACACAUACUGGAGAGAAACCCUAUAAAUGUAAUCAAUGUGGUAGAGGUUUUUACAAAACUUUAAUCUCCAAGUGCAUAAAAGAACACAUUCUGGGGAAAAAACCUACAAAUGUAAUCAAUGUGAUAAAGCGUUUUCACGAUCAGUCAUCUCCAAAGACAUAA